AUGCAUUACAAACUCGCACUUGUCACUCUUGCGGCCACCGCCCUAGCCAUCGCCCUUCCUGAGAAGUGCGACCCGACUACAGCCUGCUGUACUUUCACGACAACUGCCUGCAAUACCCGUUUGGAUCCGUGCACACGGACUUGCAAUGUUAUGCUGGGGAAGCUCGAUUCCAUGAGGCGCCAGGGGCCUAGAAUAAGCGGUGCUGUCUUCACUGUUUCUAUCUCGAAGUACGUGGCCAAGGCUGGUAGACACAUAGUUCCGCCGGGUGACUUGUUCGAGACGAGUGGGUUCCUGUAG